CUGGGCCACCCUGCCCAUGCCUUCUCUUUAAGAAUUCAAGAGGAAUUUGUCAGGAGGCACUCGAUCAACUGUGACUGCAGGCUGGUCAAGUGCGGUGUACGGGAGCCGGAGUCAUGCCGCUAUGGCUCAGGACUGAACCCUUGCGGUUGUUGCACAAUUUGCCUUCAAGGUCCGAAUGAACCGUGCGGAGGACCUCAGGGCAUCAACGGUAAAUGUGGCACUGGCUUGACGUGCGUUAAAAGCGACCCCAAUGAUAUCAAUUCAAGCGGAAAUUGCAAAGCAGUAAUCAAUGGAAAAUGAGCUCCCCAAUCAAAGGUGAAAAAUCAAGUUCAGAGCGUGCGAGGUCUAUGAUCAAGAAGAUACGCCUCGUUUAGUUACUGCUAUUGAUCGGGUUUCGUUUCAUUAUGUUUUUACUUGUUCUUUCCGCAUAAUUUGAUUGCAUUAGGAUGUCUGUUUAUAAGUGGUCUUCAUAUUAUCAAUAUAGUUUAGUAAAAAUUAUUCAUGUGUA